UUUUCAUACAUAUCUCCACUUCCUUCACUCUUCAAAUUCAUAUUUUCAUCACAAAAAAGAAAAAUAACAAACACCCAAUUCACCCAUUGACUUUAAUUUUCAAGAUUGAGAAUUUUUUUUUUUGAAAUUUGGAGUAAAUGGGGUUCAAAAGAGGAGUUUUUUCUUGUUGUUUUUGUGUAGUUUUUGCUGUUGUUUUGCUGAAUUCUUGUGUUUUGGUUAUUGGAGGUGAUAUAGUUCAUCAAGAUAAUGUAGCUCCACAUCGGCCUGGUUGUAACAACAAUUUUGUGCUGGUAAAAGUUCCAACGUGGGUUAACGGGAAUGAAGUAACUCAGUUUGUUGGCCUUGGUGCUCGAUUUGGCCCCACAUUGGAAUCAAAGGAGAAGCGUGCUAAUCAGACGAGGCUUGCUUUUGCAGACCCACCAGAUUGUUGUAGCAUGCCUAGGAAUAAGCUCACCAGUGAGGCCAUCCUGGUGCACCGAGGUAAUUGCAGUUUCACCACAAAAGCAAAAGUUGCAGAAGCUGCUGGUGCUUCAGCAAUCAUCAUUAUAAACAAUCAAACAGAGCUCUUCAAGAUGGUUUGUGAUCCCGGUGAAUCUGAUGUGGACAUCGGUAUCCCUGCUGUAAUGCUGCCACAAGAUGCAGGUACAAGCCUGAUAGAGUUUCUCAGGAACAGUUCUACAGUUUCUGUGCAGAUGUACUCUCCGAAACGUCCAGCGGUUGAUGUAGCUGAAGUGUUUCUAUGGCUUAUGUCAGUUGUUACGAUUUUAUGUGCUUCUUAUUGGUCUGCAUGGAGUGCUAGAGAAGCCGCAAUCGAGCAGGACAAGUUCUUAAAAGAUGGCUCAGAUGAUUAUGGUGGCAAGGAGGUAACUCAUUCUGGUGGUGUAUUAGACAUCAACACAAUAUCAGCACUUCUGUUCGUGGUGGUUGCAUCCUGCUUCUUGAUUAUGCUUUACAAAUUGAUGUCCUUCUGGUUUAUUGAGGUUCUGGUGGUUCUAUUUUGCAUCGGCGGUGUAGAGGGUCUACAAACCUGUUUGGUGACCUUGUUAUCAUGUUUCAGAUGGUUUGAACAUGCUCAAGAAUCAUUUCUUAAAGUUCCACUUCUGGGGCCCGUUUCAUAUCUCACUCUGGCAAUUUCUCCUUUCUGCUUAGCUUUCGCUAUUAUGUGGGCGGUUUUCCGUCAUGUCUCCUUUGCUUGGAUAGGUCAAGACAUACUUGGUAUGGCAUUGAUCAUCACUGUUCUUCAGAUCAUACGAGUUCCCAAUCUCAAGGUGGGAACAGUUCUUCUUACUUGUGCUUUCUUCUAUGACAUUUUUUGGGUAUUUGUUUCCAAAUGGGUGUUUCACAAGAGUGUGAUGAUAGAGGUUGCACGUGGUUAUAAAAGCGGAGAAGAAGGAAUUCCCAUGUUACUAAAAAUCCCGCGAAUAUGUGAUCCCUGGGGUGGCUACAGCAUCAUUGGGUUUGGCGACAUAAUUUUACCAGGAUUACUAGUAGCAUUUUCAUUAAGAUAUGACUGGCUGUGCAAGAAGAGCCUUCGAGCCGGUUAUUUUCUAUGGACUAUGACUGCUUAUGGUUUAGGUUUGUUUGCAACAUAUGUGGCUCUGAACUUGAUGGACGGCCAUGGUCAACCUGCUUUGCUAUAUAUAGUUCCGUCCACAUUAGGCACAUUUUUGAUGUUGUCAGCCAAAAGAGGUGAGCUGAAGCAUCUAUGGACAAGAGGAGAACCAUAUAGGAUUUGCCCGCAUAUCCAGCUUCAACCGGCCGAGUAAUUCGAUAUCGUACUCUCUCUGUAAUCACAUAUAGCUCUGAUUUGUCUACAUACAAAGUUAGGGUACAUAUGUUUAGAAAUCUGAAAGAGGUUAGAGUUCUCAAAGUCAUAGGUUAAACUUAGGCUUCUCCCCGACCCCGACUGCCCAAAUACAAUGGCUGUUAAUGACUGACUAGCACAAGGUGAAAAAUAGAGCAUGUAGUUUACCAGUUAUGCAGUUGACUAGAGUUGCAGCAAAGUUGAGUUUAACUUCUAUACACUGACAAGUAACCGUUUAAUGUAAAGUGGAAUCAGUAAUCUAGAAAAUAAGACAGGUUACACCUUUUAACAUUGUGAAAAUUGUCAACAGCGUCAGUGUAUACAAGUUAAAUCCAAUAACGUUUAUACAGCUCUUGCAGUUUACAAGGCCUUCACGCGCAGCUGUAAAAUCCCUCAUUAUAUGGCAGCCCGUGUAGAGUACUUUAUAGUGAAACAAGUAUCAUCAUAUGUUUUUAUACAACAUAUGUAAAAGUGAAGAUAAUGUAUGUGCAAGACCAUGGUUAAAUUAUACAUUUCUAUGUUUUGUUGUUUUUUCUUCAA